UUCAGUCGUGUGCGAGUCGUCUUCCAUAUCGGUUCAUAGAAGUUGCACGUAGAGCUGUUCUCGGCAGCACUUUUUGGCAACUGCUUCCAUUCAUAAAACUCAUUCUUAUUGUUCAGGACGAGACACACGUUAUCGAUUUUCGUGAACGGCCUCUCAUUCCCUCCAGUGCACGGUCAGCAGUAAGGUGUGUGACAGCCUAUAACUAUCCACAGUUUGGAGUGAUUCCUCUCGGAUUUGGAAGAUAAAUAAACACAACAAAUCUGGUGGUGCAUCGCCGGGAUAGGAUAUUUUUUCUGUGGGGCACUUGGCUUGAAAUUGCAGCACGACCUCGAAAUGCUUAUGCACGUCAUAUUGUAAUGAGAAACAGUGGAGGUUACCAUCAUCUAGAUAAGUGUUUGUUCCAGAAGAAUCAGUGAAUGAGUGCAUUCAUAAAAAAGCCGCAUUUCUAUGUACAGUUUGUGAUUUUCGAGUGUGAUUAGGUGCAUCGAAUAUAAUAGAACAAUGAUUCUCAAACAAUCUCUAACAAUGUCGUCAGCGCUAGCGCUAGUUAUGUUAAUACUCACAUUCCACAAAGCCAGCACGGAGCUGUUCACAGCGCUGGCUGAUAUGGAAGAACUUUUGGAGACUGAAGCCGUUCUGAUAGCAAAUUUAGAUAACUACAUCCGAGUGCAAGAGGAUAAGUUGAAUCAGCUGAGAAGGAAAAGCGCCGAGUAUCAAAGAGAGCAUACAGAAGCCGCCAAAGAUGUCGGAACGUAUCUGUCCAAUCCGGUGAACGCAUUCCUUUUAACGAAACGUCUCACCACGGAUUGGCGUGAAGUGGAAAAUCUCAUGUCCUAUGAUGUGGGAUCGGACUUUCUGGAGAACGUCACCAACUACAGAGAUGUUCUCAAGUUUCCCUCCGAUGAAGAUCUCAACGGAGCAGCUGUAGCGCUGAUGCGGCUGCAGGACACCUACAAACUGGACACCGCUUCCGUUGCGCGAGGAGAACUGAACGGAAUUCAGUACAGUACGGAGAUGACAGCCGGAGAUUGUUUCGAGUUGGGGCGUCAAACGUAUCUAAAUGGAGACUAUUACCACACGGUCUUGUGGAUGCGGGAGGCAAUGGAUCGCCUUUCACAAGAAGUCAACCGAACCACGACGAAAGCAGAUGUGCUGGAAUAUCUAGCCUUCUCCACAUUUAAACAAGGAAAUGUACACACCGCACUGCUCAUGACUAAUGAGCUGUUGGAGCUGGUGCCGGAUCACGAGAGAGCGGUCGGCAAUAAAGUUUAUUACGAGAAGGAGUUGGAAAAGGAAGCGAAGCAAAAGGCACUCCGGGGAGAUGACGGAAGCGUAGAUGUUCCGGUGGAUACUACGACGAAAAUCCGCACUAGCACUAGUAAUCCGCACGUGUACGACUCUUCGGAACGAAAACUCUACGAGCAGCUUUGCAGAGGAGAGGCAGAGCGCUCUGUCGCCGAAACAUCCAAAUUGAAGUGUCGAUAUGUUACCAAUAAAUCACCAUUCCUGAAAAUUGCCCCUCUCAAACUGGAGGAAGCAAACUUGAAGCCGUACAUUGUAAUUUACCAUGACGUCAUAUCUGAGGCAGAAAUGGAACUGGUGAAGCGAUUAGCUAAGCCAAGAUUCCGGCGAGCCACGGUGCAAAACUACAAAACGGGCGAAUUGGAAGUGGCCAACUAUCGCAUCAGUAAAUCUGCGUGGUUGAAAGAUCACGAGCACCCGUACAUCAAAGCCAUUGGAGAGCGUGUAGAAGAUAUGACUGGGCUUACAAUGAGCACCGCGGAAGAGCUUCAAGUGGUAAAUUACGGCAUUGGUGGGCACUACGAACCACAUUUCGACUUUGCGAGGAGAGAAGAGACAAAUGCCUUCAAAAGCCUGGGGACGGGUAACCGCAUUGCAACAGUUUUGUUCUACAUGAGCGACGUGACACAAGGAGGAGCGACAGUGUUUCCCAGUCUUCGAUUGGCACUGUGGCCCAAAAAGGGAGCUGCAGCAUUUUGGUUCAACUUGCACGCUUCAGGUCAAGGAGACUAUUCCACGAGACAUGCUGCAUGUCCUGUUCUCACGGGUACAAAGUGGGUUUCAAACAAAUGGAUCCACGAACGGGGUCAGGAAUUCCGAAGGCCAUGCGAGCUGAAACCAGACCAUCCGGAAGAAUUUUGACAGCAAAUAGUGUACGAGGAUGAGUUAGACGAGCUGAAUGAUGAUUUUGAAGAAGAAGAGGAGUUCAAUUGAACUGCACUGUACCAGUGGCCAUGACGUUAGUUUCUUCCCAGUGAAGGAAUGAAUUUUACCAAAAUAGUUUUUAGAAUCCAGAGAUUUUAUAUAUAUUUAAGGAAUGAAAAACACCAACAUUAACAUGUUUUCGAAAUAAUUUCAUAUUUUGUAUUUAUACAUUUGACUCAUGAAGGAUUUCAGUUCAAACUUGAUCAAUAAUGACUACUAACUAGUUGAACUUUUCUGAAAUUAUUCAAUAAGAAGCAGGAAAAUUUUGCUUUUUAUUCAAUACGAUGUACUUCACGUUGCAGUAAAUAAAAUAGAACGUUUUAAUAAAAUC